UCGGCAGGCUGAGGCGGCGGUGAGCAUGGAGGAAGCAGUGUCUGACGUGGGGGUCUGUAACCUGGCCUAUGCCGGGCGCCUGGAGGAGCUGCGGGCCCAGCUGCUGCGCGACAAGGCCCUGGCCACUAAGACCGAUCAGGACAACCGCACCGCGCUGCACUGGGCCUGUUCGGCGGGACACACGGAUGUGGCCGACCUCCUGCUCGGCCUUGGUGUGCCUGUGAGCGACAAAGACGAUGCUGGUUGGACGCCCUUACACAUUGCCGCCUCGGCAGGCCGCGAUGACAUUGUGCGAGCGCUCAUUGCCAGGGGUGCUAAUGUGAAUGCUGUCAAUCAGAACGGCUGCACGCCUCUGCAUUAUGCAGCCUCCAAAAAUAAGCAGGAGAUUGCACUCAUGCUUUUAAAGAAUGGAGCUGAUCCAGAUGCAAAGGAUCAUUUUGAAUCCACCCCAUUACACAGAGCAGCAGCCAAAGGAAACCUAAAAAUGGUACAGAUCCUCCUGCAGCAUAAUGCAUCUGUUAAUAUACGGGACUCUGAAGGGAAUACUCCUCUUCAUUUAGCCUGUGAUGAAGAGAGAGUGGAGGAGGCAAAGCUGCUGGUGUCUCACGGUGCAAGUAUUCACAUUGAGAAUAAAGAAGAACUGACGCCACUGAAAAUGGCAAAGGGUGGCCUGGGAGCCAUACUUAAAAGAAUGGUGGAAGGCUAGUGGAGACUUGUGACUUGAGUCUUCCCUGUUGCAUUUGUAUGUAGGUCUGCAAACUUUGUAUUUUGACAGUUUAACUAGGAUGUCAUGUGUGGGCAUAAGCAUGGUAAUAAAAUGUGUAUCUGUAGAUUUCUUUCAAGAACAGUGCCAAAACAACUGUUUGUACUUCCUGUUAAUUGAAUAGUUCACUGUUUUUAAAGUGUUUUUCAAUAUCUUGCAGUUUUCUUUCACUUUACAGUAUAAUCUGUAUAAAUGCAGUUGUUCCUUUUAAUUCAGAACCUAGGUUAGAAUUAUUUUUUUUAAGCAACAGGACCAAAAACACUUUAACCAUUUAAAGUCAAUUUUACUUUGGAAGGUUAUUCUAGAGUCUUUGCUUUUUGCUUUAGCCUUUGUGGUUUGUGUGUGGUUUGGUUUUUGUGGGUAUUGGUUCUCUUCCUUCAGAUGAUUCUAAACUACACCUCUCCCUUUGUAGAAUGCAGUUUGCUCAGUUACUUGGAUGACUGUAUCUGUGUUUACUCUUCUCAGUCUGUUCAAGUGAGUUCUGGGUGUUUAAGGUUUUUCUGUUGUUUCCUGUUUUUAUCCUGUUUCUUUGAAUCUUUGAAUGUGUAUUUGAUCAAGUGCACUGGACUGCCUGCGAAAUGCAGGCAUAGAAUCAUAGAAUCAUAGAAUAGUUAGGAUUGGAAAGGACCUUAAGAUCAUCUAGUUCCAACCCCCCUGCCAUGGGCAGGGACACCUCACACUAAACCAUAUCACCCAAGGCUUCAUCCAACCUGGUCUUAGCUUCAGGGUUACCUCUGCAAAUAUAUUGUCAUAUAAUAGGUGAUUUUGAAUACUUCUCUGUGAUGUACUUAGAAUCUAAUUUCAUUUUCUCUUGCUCCAUCUAUUUCUUUUUCUAUUCUGCUUGACUCCCAUUAUGUAGCACUUAUACUUGCAGUUUACCAUCUUAUUUUAUAGCAGAAGCUUGGUUUAACUGCUAUUUACUCAUAGCAAAUCCUGGUAUUAUUAGAAGGCAGAGCUAAUGAGACUGAGUCUGAAAAGUGACCUUCACUUCUGAUGUUGAUCAGAUCACUUUUGACACAAGUGGGAUAGCUUUCCUCUUUCUGAACAAAUGAAGCUGAUGAAAUUCUGUGGAAUAAAGAUCAUUCUUAAGCAGCA